CUAUCUUGAUUUAGUUAUAAAAAUCUUCGAGCCGGCCACGUUGUUAGGAUUCCACAAAUUAGCACAGCCACAAAGUUAAAAUUGGCUGUAUCGUAAAAGAAAAUCUGGAAAACGAUCAGGAUAAUGAUCAUAAUUUAAGGUUGGGGUUGAUGUUGGCAGAGGGGUUAGGUUUGAAAUAAUAAGACAAAUUAUAUAAAUGGCGGGGUUUAUGACGUUGUGGCUGUGGUAACUAGUGACGACCGCGUUGUUUUGCUGCUAAAACAACUAGCUAGUUAGCGGUGCUAGCUAGUAAACAAACAACUGAACUGAAUAUGUCUGGAACUUCAUCAGUAGCUGGUGAAGUAUUUGUAGACGCCCUGCCGUAUUUUGACCAGGGUUAUGAUGCAGCUGGCGUCAGAGAGGCGGCUGCAGCCUUGGUAGAAGAGGAGACUCGCAGAUACAGACCUACAAAGAACUAUCUGAGUUAUAUACCCACACCUGAUUUCACUACCUUUGAAACUGAAAUCAUGAGGAACGAGUUUGAGAGGCUAGCAGCCAGGCAGCCUCUGGAACUUCUCAGCAUGAAGAGAUAUGAGCUUCCUGCUCCAUCGUCAGGGCAGAAGAAUGACAUCACUGCAUGGCAGGAUUGUGUGAACAACUCCAUGGCUCAGCUGGAGCAUCAGGCAGUGCGCAUUGAGAACCUGGAACUCAUGGCACACUAUGGCACCAACGCAUGGAAGGUCUACAAUGAUAACCUGGCCUUUAUGAUUGAAUUGGCUCAAAAGGAACUACAGAAAUGUAGAAAGCAGAUUCAGGACUUGAACUGGCAACGAAAGAAUGAUCAGCUUGCAGGCGGGGCCAAGCUGAGAGAGCUGGAGUCAAAUUGGGUGUCCCUCGUAAGUAAGAACUAUGAGAUUGAACGUGCCAUCGUCCAGUUGGAGAAUGAAGUUGGAAAGCUCAAACAGCAACAGGGUGACGAGAACAAGGAAAAUAUUCGACAGGACUUCUAGAACUCAAGCCUUGUGCGAGACCCCUUCUACAAAAAAUUAAAUGUUAAGCUUGCAGCUAAGAACAAACAUGAAAAGAAAAGGACUCUCCAAACUUUCAGAAGAACAUAUUUGCCUUGGCUCCACAGUUUCUUUACAUUAGUGUCAGACCGUGACCAUUGAAAAACCAUGGGCCGUGUAAAGAACUUUUUCAUUGUACCUCGAGAUCACUUAAGAAGUGAACUCUGGUCAAUUUUUAAAUGUUUGUCAAUUUUAAGUAGUUCUAAAUUGAGGGAGAGUUAAGCAUAACUAAUGAUGCUGUCUACCAAAUUCACAUGAUUUCUUCCCAUAUAGACAAGCACAAAAACAUGCUAGCAUGUUUAGAACAUUUGUGAUACAAUAAGUUUUUGUACAUGUAAUGUUUUUAUUUUAUUUUUUAAAUAGACUUAUAAUAAAAUGAUGUUGAAACAUG